CAACGGAAGUUGUUAACUAGCGUCAGUUCGCGUCCCACUGAGCGGGAGUUUGCUAAAACAGACACAAAAGUAAAGUACCUUAAAAUUGUCCUUAAAUCUGUCCGCUUUCUUUUUGAGACAUGGCCCAGCAUGACGAAGAGGAUCUACCGCCCAACCUCGCGUGUUUGAAAAACGUUGAUACCCUGCUGCGCUGUCCAAUUUGCUUCGAUUUCCUCAACAUUACAAUGAUGACCAAGUGCUCCCACAAUUUUUGCUCGCUGUGCAUCAGAAAAUUUCUCUCCUACAAGCUGCUUUGCCCGGUUUGUAACUCGCAAACGACAGAGCAGGACUUACGAAACAACCGGCUGUUAGAUGACUUGGUCGUUAACUUCCAGGCUGCAAGGCAACAGUUGUUAAAAGCUAACUUUGAAUCUCCUCCAAUAUCGCCAAAGACCCCAGCUUCAGCUGUCAAAUGCAAAACUCCCAGGGAGAAGAGCCAGAAGUCCAGCAGCUCCAUUUUAAAUCACUUUUUCCAAAAGAAGCCCAGAACACCUCCCAGUAAAGAAACUCAUCAGGAUGUUCAGCGGGGAGAAGUACUGGGAACACCAUGCCGCAACGCGAAGGGCUCUGACCUACAUUCUGGAAGAGCUCAGAUGUCAGUGGUUAUAAAGGAAGAGCCUGUGGAUGUGAACGACCCAUCUAUCAAGGUUCUGAUGUCCGUGAAACAGGAGGAUACAGCAUUUCAUGCUCAUGGGUUUGAGACGCCGCAGUCCUCAUCGCCGCCAAAAGAAAUAAAGCCCACAAUCAAAGUUGAGUGCCCCGUGUGCUCCGUAAGUGUGCCGCAGCACUUCAUCAACAAACAUCUGGACACAUGUCUUUCCCGUGGGGAAAAGAAGGAAAGCCUGAGGAGCUCUCAAGGCCCAACCGUGCGUCCGAUGGCGAAGUUGGUGUACAAUCUCCUGUCAAUGCAGGAGCUGAAGAGGCGGUUAAGGGACUGCCAUCUGUCAAUGCAGGGUUCUCGGGACCAGCUGAUCAAAAGGCACCAAGAGUUUAUCCACUUAUAUAACUCACAGUGUGACUCUUUGAAUCCCAAAUCAGUGAAAGAGAUCGCUCGAGAGGUGGAGGCCAACGAGAAGAUGAGAAGUCAGCUGCAGGAGAAAACUAAACCUGUCAUGCUUUUCUCAAAGAGUACGUCUGAGAAAGAGAUUGAGGAAAUACAUUCUAAUUAUAGAAAGCAGCACAGCAGUGACUUCUCCCGACUAAUUGCACAGGUCCGAGGCCGACUGCAGACCACCCGCCAAUCUGCUGCUAGGCAGGAAGUGAAAGUGGAGAAAGAAGAAGCCCAAACAUCAGACUCUGCCGAUGACAUUGCAGUGUCAACUGUAGAUGUGGUCGUGAAGGUUGAAGAUGAUGAAGAUCCCCCUGCAGGAGGAUUGUUGUUGUCAUCCAGUCCCAGCUUUAGUGAUGUGUCCAUCAGCAGUUCUAUUUCAGACAUUUUCGGUCCAGAAUCUUCCCUAGACUUUGAAGACACGGGGAAGUCUUCAAUGCAGAAGCGACCGCCCAGCCCCAGAGGCAGUAGUGCAGAAAUGUCACCUGUUGCGGGAAAGCGACGGCGUAAAUCAUAAGGAGGCGUGUGGAGAUGUUAGUAAAGUUUUCCUUCGUUUAAAGGGACGAGAGCUUUUGUUUGUUUUUCAGAUAUUGCUGUUACUUUUGUAUUGAAGUUGAAAUAAAUUUUAUAGCACUUUAUAAUAAGUCAUUGUCAUGUGUUCAGUAUUGAGCUGAUUUUUUUUGUUACUGUUGUUUUUUUACUGUUUUUAUUCAAAACAGGAAAGGCUGUAAAAUCAGUAGUUUACAUGGAAAUGGACGUUUGAUGCUGGAGGUUUUGUUUGUAGAGUUUUAACCAGAAGCAAACGGGUUAAAAAUUAAACUCGAGCUAAUUUGAAU